CGUACACAGGCCGGGCGGGCGCGCUGGGCGCCGGGUGUCGGCUGGAGACUCCGCGGGAGCGCGGCCGGGAGGCCUCGCCCGGGAGCGGGCCCGACGCCUCCCGAGCUGGCAGGGCUCUGGGCGGAGGUCGGAGCGUGGGCUUCCUCCUCCCGCCAGGGAAAACAGAGAGGAUGAAAGCCUAUCUAAAGAGCGCAGAAGGCUUUUUUGUCCUAAAUAAAAGUACCACAAUUGGAAGGCAUGAAGAUUCAGACCUUGUUUUACAGUCUCCUGACAUCGACAACCACCAUGCACUCAUCGAAUAUAACGAGGCGGAGUGCAGCUUUGUUCUCCAGGACUUCAAUUCCCGCAACGGCACGUUUGUCAACGAGUGUCACAUUCAGAACGUGGCUGUGAAGCUCAUCCCUGGAGACAUCCUGAGAUUUGGGUCUGCAGGGCUGACCUAUGAACUGGUCGUUGAAAACCCACCUCCGGUCUCCUACCCAUGGAUGAGGGGCCCAGCACCAUGGCCAGGGCCACAGCCACCUCGUGCCACACAGCAGCCGAACCAGGCCCCCCCGCCGCCACAUAUCCCCUUCCACCAAGGCAUCCAGCCAGCACCGGUGCAAAGGAGCUGGUCCCAGGGCUUCCCCAGACCCACUGUGGUCCUGCCGGGCUCCCACCGGAGGCCUGUGAGCGCCAGCAAGGAGAUGUUCUCGUUCGUGGUGGAGGACGCCCGCAAGCCCCCUGUCAUCAAGCAAGUGUGGACCAAUGCCGUGAAACUGUCGGGAAAACCACUGGCCGAGGGGAUUCCUGGGGCAGUUCCCCCCGCGGAGAUUUAUGUGGAGGAGGACUUGGCCCAGCAGGACAAGGAUGAAAUAAUUCUGCUGCUGGGAAAAGAGGUCAGCCGUCUCUCAGAUUAUGAGAUUGAAUCCAAAUACAAAGACGUCAUAAUAGCAAACCUGCAGAAGGAAGUGGCUGAGCUGAGUCAGAAGCUGUCGGAGACCACCCCCUCCAGGCAGAAUGAGAGGGAGAUCUCACAGAAGUGUCAGGUUCUGGAUGAAGACAUCGAUGCCAAACAGAAAGAGAUCCAGAGCUUGAAGAGCCAGAUCAGUGCCCUGCAGAAGGGGUACAGCCAGGUGCUGUGCCAGACCCUGUCGGAGCGGAACUCAGAAAUCACAUCCCUGAAGAACGAGGGCGAGAACUUAAAGAGGGACAACGCUAUCGCAUCAGGGAUGGUGUCAUCUUUGCAAAAAGACAUGUUAGCAAAGGAUGAGCAAGUUCAAGAACUAAAGGAAAAAGUCAAUCAACUAAAAAGUCAGAACAAAGACAAGGACCACCAGCUGGAAGCCCUUGGUUCUAGAUGCUCAGUGCUAAAGGAAGAGUUAAAACAGGAAGACGCUCACAGGGAGCUCAGAGAAGCCCAGGAGAAAGAGUUAAAACUCUGCAAAACUCAAAUCCAAGACAUGGAGAAAGAAAUGAAGAAGCUCAGGGCGGAGCUGAGGAAGAGUUGUACUGAACAAAGCGUGAUCUCUAGGACUCUGAGAGAAAAGAGCAAGGUUGAAGAGAAGCUUCAGGAGGAUUCCAGAAGGAAAUUGCUUCAGCUGCAAGAAAUGGGGAACAGAGAGAGCCUCAUUAAAAUCAAUUUGGAGAGGGCAGUAGGUCAGCUGGAGCACUUCAGAAGUCAAGUCAUCAAGGCCACCUAUGGACGGGCAAAGCCAUUCCCAGACAAGCCCGUCACCGACCAACAGUUAAUAGAGAAAAUUGCCCAGGUCACUGAGGACAACAUCAAUCUUCAGCAGAAAAAGUGGACCCUACAGAAAGAAACCCAGCUGAGCAACUCCAAGCAGGAGGAGACCACCGAGAACAUCGAGAAGCUGAGGACGUCGCUGGACAGCUGCCAGGCUUGCAUGAAAAUGUCCUGUUGCACCAGUGACCUGAAGAAGGAGGUCGACCUUCUUCAGCACCUCCAGGUGAGCCCACCUGUCUCGGGGCUCCAGAAGGUGGUGCUGGACAUCCUGAGGCACGCCCUGUCCUGGCUGGAGGAGGUGGAGCAGCUCCUCCGGGACCUUGGGAUCCUGCCCUCCAGCGCUGACAAAGAUCAAGUUCAACAGUUCUCAAGAAACUCAGCAGUCUUUACUGCAAGAAAAGCUGCGGGAGCAUCUGGCAGAGAAGAAGCAGCUGAACGAGGAGAGGCUAGAACAAGAGGAGAAGCUGAAAGCCAAAAUCAGGCAACUGACGGAAGAGAAGGCGGUAAGGCUUUGGAGGAGCGCAUUACGCAAGAGAGAAACAGAGCGAACGAGACUUUGGAGGAAGAACGGAAGAGAAUGCAAGAGCUGGAGAGCCUCCUGGCCCAGCAGAAGAAGGCUUUGGCGGAAAGCGUUACCCAGGAGAAGAACAGAGUGAAGGAAGCAUUAGAGGAAGAGCAGACACGAGUCCAGGAGCUGGAGAAACGCUUGGCCCGCCAGAAGGAGGUUUUGGAGAGCAGCAUAGCCCACGAAAAAAGAAAAGCAAAGGAAGCCUUGGAGUCAGAAAAGAGAAAAGUUCAGGAUCUGGAGAACCACUUAACCCAACAGAAGGAGGUCUCAGAGAGCAGCAUUGCCUACGAGAAACGCAAAGCGAAGGAGGCCAUGGAGAAGGAAAAGAAAAAGGUGCAAGACCUGGAGAAUCGCUUAACCAAGCAGAAAGAGGAAUUAGAAUUAAAAGAGCAAAAAGAGGAUGUUUUAAGUAAUAAAUUAAGUGACGCACUAGCCAUGGUUGAAGAGACUCAGAAAACAAAGGCAACUGAAAGUCUAAAAGCAGAGAGCCUCGCCUUGAAAUUAAAUGAAACAUUAGCUGAACUGGAAACUACCAAGACAAAAAUGAUCUUGAUGGAAGAGCGGCUAAUGCUGCAGCAGAAGACGGUAAAGGCCGUCCAGGAUGAGCAGGAAUCACAGAGACACGGAUUUGAAGAAGAGAUCAUGGAAUAUAAGGAGCAAAUCAAACAGCACUCCCAGACGAUUGUGAGCCUCGAAGAGAAACUCCAGAAAGUCAGUCAACACCAUAAAAAAAUAGAAGGCGAGAUUGCAACAUUGAAGGACAACGACCCGGCCCAAAAGGAGGAAAGGCCGCAAGACCCUCUGGUGGCUCCCACGACGGACAGCAGUGCCAAAGACAUGGCGUAUGAACACCUGAUAGAUGACUUAUUGGCUGCUCAGAAGGAAAUCCUGUCUCAGCAGGAGGUCAUCAUGAAGUUAAGGAAAGACCUUACAGAAGCCCACAGCAGAAUGUCGGAUUUGAGAGGGGAGCUAAACGAGAAGCAGAAGAUGGAACUGGAACGGAACGUGGCGCUGGUCCAGCAGCAAAGCAAGGAGCUGAGUGUGCUCAAGGAGAAGAUGGCCCAGAUGAGCAGUCUGGUGGAAAAGAAAGACCGGGAGCUGAAGGCCCUCAAGGAGGCACUCAGGGCUUCCCAGGAGAAACACAGACUCCAGCUGAACACAGAGAAGGAACAGAAGUCCCGGAAGAAGACCCAGACGUGUGACACCUCUGUGCAGAUAGAACCCGUCCACACCGAGGCCUUCUCCAGCAGCCAAGAGGAGCAAUCCUUCAGCGAUCUAGGGGUCAAGUGCAAAGGGUCCCGGCACGAGGAGGUCAUUCAGCGUCAGAAAAAGGCCUUAUCUGAACUUCGAGCGCGAAUUAAAGAACUAGAGAAGGCGCACGCACCAGAUCAUAAAGACCACCAGAAUGAAUCCUUUCUAGAUUUAAAGAACCUCAGAAUGAAAAGCAAUAUCCAGAAAAUACUAUUGGAUGCAAAACCAGAUUUGCCAACUCUCUCAAGAAUAGAGAUCCUAGCGCCUCAGAAUGGCCUUUGCAACGCAAGGUUCAGCUCAGCCAUGGAGAAGUCAGGGAAGAUGGAUGUGGCUGAGGCUUUAGAGCUCAGUGAAAAGCUGUAUCUGGAUAUGAGCAAAACCCUUGGAAGUCUGAUGAACAUCAAGGACAUGUCCGGCCACGUGUCCAUGAAAUACCUCUCCCGCCAGGAGAGGGACAAGGUCAACCAGCUUCGACAAAGGGACCUCGACCUGGUAUUUGAUAAGAUCACCCAGCUCAAGAACCAACUGGAGAGGAAAGAGGAGCUGUUGAGAGGAUACGAAAAGGACGUUGAACAGCUCAGGCGGAGCAAAGUGUCCGUUGAGAUGUACCAGUCGCAGGUGGCAAAGCUGGAGGAUGAUAUCUACAAAGAGGCCGAAGAAAAGGCCCUGCUGAAGGAGGCCCUGGAACGCAUGGAGCAGCAGCUGUGCCAGGAGAAGAGGAUCAACAGGGCCAUCCGGCAGCAGAAGGUUGGAACCAGAAAAGCCUCCCUAAAGAUGGACCAAGAAAGAGAGAUGCUGAGAAAAGAGACCUCCAGCAAGUCCAGCCAGAGCCUUUUGCAUUCUAAGCCCAGCGAGAAGUACUAGAGAAACCUCGUCCCACCAGGCCUCGUGUGAUCCUGUGUGAGUUCAUGUGACUCUUCUGUGUCAUCUGUGUCAAAAUACUGAGUUGCUUUUGUAGGACUUUAAAGGUUGUUACCCUAGUGUUUCGCUUUCUAGACUGGUAUUUUGAACAGUGUUAUAUUUUGGAGUGUGUGGGGAGAAGCGUUCUUUUUAAAAAAUACCUAUGAAUGUACACAAACUCAGGUAUAUGAAGAAUAGAAGUGUGUGACCCAGAUGUCCAGGACUGGUAGAUAUAAUUAUGUGGUUCCACAUUGGGUCAUGAUGUUCCCAAAUAUCAAACCUCCUAAGAGUUCCAACAGACUCACACUGGAGAGAACCUAAGACUUGUACUGGAGCCUCAGGGCAAAAUUGUAGCCUUGGAACUACCAGGGCCUCGGGAUAGUGAAGUCAAAUCUCAGUUAUGGUCUGGCAGGAUGGCUCAGGCCUGUAAUCUCAGCACUUUGGGAGGCCGAGGCAGGCAGAUUACAAAGUCAGGAGUUUCAGACCAGCCUGGCAAACAUAGUGAAUCCCUGUCUCUACUAAAAAUACAAAAAUUAGCUGGGUGUGGUGGCACAGGCCUGUAGUCCCAGCUACUCAGGAGGCUGAGGCGGGAGAAUCACUUGAACCCGGGAGGCGGAGGUUGCAGUGAGCCGAGACCACGCCAUUGCACUCCAGCCUGGGUAACAGAGUGAGACUCU